AUGCACCAGACGGAAAAACUCGGCGGGGGCUACCAGUGCUUGGUGUUUGAAAUCAUGUCACACUCCCUGUACGACUUGCUUCGCGUCACCAACCUCAGCGGAGUUUCGAUCAAGCUCGUGCGAAAGUUUGCGAUUCAAAUCAUGCGCGCGCUAGAGUACACGAAAUCGCUCGGCAUCAUUCACUGCGACAUCAAGCCUGAAAACGUGUUGCUCUGUCACCCAGAGCGAAGCGCGGUGAAGCUCAUCGAUUUCGGUAGCGCGUGCAAGUGUGGCAAGCAACAGUUUUCAUACGUGCAGUCAAGAUUUUAUCGCGCACCAGAAGUUAUGCUAGGAAUGCAGUACGGUCCUGCGAUCGAUAUGUGGAGCGCCGGGUGCAUGAUGUACGAACUUCGCACCGGCAAGCCGCUCUUUACGGGUUGGAGCGAGCACGAUCAAUUGUGUCGAAUCGAGGCGACUUUAGGG